UCUCCUGUCGUAGCUUCUGUAUCUUGAGUCAGUUUUUAAAAGAAAUCUAAUUAUAAUUUAUAAAUGGCGAAGACAUAAAGCCAUCCUAGAGUCUGAAGAAGUACAUUGUAGGUAACAAUAUCUGCAUGUUCCGCUCGUGACAAGAACCAGAUGAUGAUUGAUCACAUGAAGAUUUCCCGCGAUCCUAUCAUGACAAGGUCUAUUACCAAACAUUCGUAACACGACGCUGUCUCAGCAUUGCGUCUGAUAAGACCAGUACUUUGACGGUCUUUUGUGGUCUUUUUGUUGUGUCUGUUAAUCUUUGAAGGACAUGGUUCGAGCCAAUACUUUGGCCACCCAGGAGGGUGUAAAGACCCCUCAUCGCAUUGAGUUAUGUGAACACCAGCCUGUCAGACCUACCCGCACCUAUAGAAAGCGCAGAAUUAUAGCUGCCACACCUACUAAGACUGAGAAUGUAGAAGUGAAAUCUGAACCAAAAAUAAAGAAAAUUGAUGUUAAAUCCAAACCACUGAAAAAUUGUAACGGGUUCACAAACAUGACCAACGGACUCAGUGUGCGUUCCCGAGCGGCUCGGGCCGCUGCCCGCGCAGCAGAAAGCCACAAACUAACUGAAUAUUUUAAGGAAGAACUGAAGAGUCCUAAGGUGGAACGUCCUCCUACACCCAAAGAUAUUGAAAAGACUGUCAAAGUAGAACCUAAAAUCCCAAAUGGAAAUUCAAAUCAUAAGUUAACAGAGUAUUUCCCUGUGAGACGUAGUGUAAGGAAGACUUCAAAAUGUGUGAUGGCGGAGAAGAUGAGAGAUUUGGAACGGGCUGUGAGAGAACAGAGAGAAGAUGGGCUAGCGGUGGCAUAUUUCGAAGGCAAAGGGCGCGGCAUUAUCGCGACCCGGCCCUUCUGUCGCGGCAGCUUCGUUGUUGAGUACUCUGGAGAGUUGGUGGGCGUGCAGGAGGCCCGCGAACGUGAACAUAUGUACGCGCAAGACCCGGAGGCUGGCUGCUAUAUGUACUACUUUAGACUGCAGGACCAACAGUAUUGUAUCGACGCAACAGCAGAGUCGGGUCGCCUCGGUCGGCUGGUGAACCACUCGCGCACCGGCAACCUGCACACGAAGGCGCUGUGGGUGGACCGCCCGCGCCUCGUGCUGUUGGCUGCCCAGGAUAUAGCACCCGGCGAGGAGCUCACAUAUGACUACGGGGACCGCUCUAAGGAGUCGCUGCAACACCACCCCUGGCUCGCGCUCUGAUGUCACGGUAUGUUUCCAGAAAUCUCCGUGGACUACUGAACGUUAUUUAUUAAUUUAGCUUAAUUGUGAAGUUUUCUGUUAUGACGCUUUGUUUGGAGUUGGACAUAAUAUUCAAUGUUGUUAAGUAUUAAGACGAGUGGCCUAACCUGAACUGACGAGUUUAGAAUCCAUGCUGGAUGUCUUUGCCAAAUAAUGUUAUAUGGCUUUUAAUGUCUAUAAUAAACUGUAUUUUACAAAUGGACAUACCAGCAUGGAGGCUUCUAACUCAUAAUGAGUUUUACAUAGAGUGGGCUAUGAAAUAAAAUAUAUGCAUGAUUUUGAAGAAACAAGCAAGCAUUCAGUUUACUAGAGAAAUAAGUUUUAAGAAAGUAUAAAGGCCUGUACUGUAUUGUAAUUAUAUUUAUAUAUUAUCAACUGUAAAAAUUUUUUUACUUGGCAAUCUAUAAAAAAAAGCUUAUUAUAUACGUUACUAAUAUAUACGUUAACUGGGCAACCAACAAGCUGAAAUUAAAAAUAAACCUAAAGCAACUUCUUUUCCUAGUAAACUGAAUAGCGAUAAAUAAAAUGCAAGUACAAAUAAAUAUUGCGUUUUAAGUGAAAUCUUAUGACCGAUGUCCAAAGGAAUAAUGACGACUUUGUAACGUGGAGAGACGUUGUCUUAUGGUGCCUUCACGAGAGGCCUGUAGACUGGGCCCUUACUGAGACGUGCGAUGUUAGCACAUAUUUCAAGAGAGUUUACUAAACAUUAUCCUUGAAAUACUACUGAUAUUUUGACGAGAGUACCGUAGAACAUACCAAAUUCUACGUUGAUGCGAUUGCGAUGAGCGGAACGAAAAUGAGUUUUGCUCAAACAAAAAACACGUACAGAUGCGGUGCGAAAAGAUUUGCUUUCGUAUUGUUACGGAAACGUACGAACGUGUCAUGCUAUUUCAGUCAGUCUCAGUACAAGAUGUACGGACAUUGACUGAACUAGCAUGACAAAUACGAAGGAAACCCUUUUCGCACUACCUCUGUACUCUUACGAGUGUGUCACGUUCAACGUAACGACCCUUUUUAGUCUUAAAAUUCUUUUUCUCACAUGAUUUCACGCUUUUGCGCGUUCACCUGAAUAUGAAACUAUACUAAACUAUUUUACGUAAGUUUAUAGAAUAAGAUAAAUUUCAUUUUCUGGUAUGUAUACGGUACGAAGGGGAAGUUAGUUUAGUUUUUGACUGUCACCUUGUAUUCCUAAAUUAUGGACACGCUACUAACUCGAAUAGUGUUGUAUUUAUCUUUAGUUCUAAGUUAUUAUUAAUUUGAACAUUGGAAAGACGCAUGGUUGUAAAAUUUGCUCAGUGUAUUAAUGACAUUCAUUUUCGAAUCCAUCAUCAAAGUUAAAGUACCUAAUAAUGAAAAUUCAUUUGAAGAAAAUAGUUGUUUUGCCCACCGAACACAUACGUUCACCUCACAGUUACUGGUUGAAGCCACAUUUAUUCAUUAUUCAAAUUAUUAAAAUCCAGGGCCGUUCAAACAUAACUUAUUACCAUCUCAUGCCAAGUUGGGUUAAAAAAGAUUGUCAAAUUCCGAUUGGGAAUUUAAAACUAAAAUAUUGACAUUUUGUUGGCAUUUUAAAAUUUUUUUGAAUAGGGAGUAACACUGCUGGAUGAAAGCUGCAUCUCCCUAUAAGCUAGGCUUGUUCCUAGGUCUUAUCAAUAUAAAUAUGGCCAUGUUAUUGACAUUUUUGACACGCCCUGGAUAUAGAUCUCCCUGCAUUUUCUUUAUAAUAAAAACAUACAAAAAGUCCAAUUGCGAGACUUGUAGUGAUCAUAAGCGUAAGUGUGAUAGAGACUGUGUCCCGAUUAGAGAAAGUAAGAGAAAAAAAUUGGAAGAAAUUGAGAAAAGAAUAUAAAAGAAAGGUCCCCGAGCGUCAGCGAUUUACCAAGACUGGAUUGAACGUUUAUAAAUGAAUUUCUAAACGAUUUUUUUACUCGAAAAUCGUUGACUCUCGAAAUUUGAUACACGUCAGUUAGAGAAAUUUUAAUGUUAAGAAAAUUUUUAUAUGUCACGUAGCGUAAUUAUUUGUAAGCUAGGACCGGUGGGUAGCCCUAAUCACCAAUCUUUUAGGUAUUUAUGACGUCCUUGUAUCGCCUGUCGUUCACCAGUAAUUUAAGGUCUUCUUAGCGCUUUCUUUAUCUUACACUCAUCAAUAUUAUUUUUUGAAAUGACAUUCAGAAGAGAUCACUGCCAGACUUUUAGGUAAGCUUUGAUUGGUACUUGUUUAAUUGUUUUUUUAUAAAUUAAUGCUUUCGUGUGACGAAAAUCUGUAAAAAAAAGAUUAUUCAUCCAAUUCGAUAUUGCGUCUCGUUUUGUGAUUCCCAAAUGUAGAAACAAUACAUUAAUCUUUGGCUGCAGAACCUGUCAGUUUAUUAAGAUUUUCCAUUUGUUAGACUCAAGGUCAAUCGUAAUCUAGCAUUGGUUCCGCAUGCCAGUUGUAGCCGUAUUAAAAUGCAUGUGUCGAUUGGUGUCAAUGACCUUUAUCAACACGGAGCUAUUAUUGUGGUCGACCUUCGAAUUACGAGUAUCGCGAACCGAUAGUGCACUUGAUUUCUAACAUUUUCAUGACAUACGCUAAUGUUGCUGGACCUUGGACUAAAUAUAAACUUUGUUAUGAAAGUGUUCGGUCGGUCGGUCGGAAGAAAGGCCAAUUGGGCAAAGUUAUCAUCAAAGUUUAUUUUUGUAAAAUAAAGAGCUUAUUAAGGUUAAUUUUGAAGAAUGCAUUCGCUACUAAUAAGUAUUUAUUUAAUAUACGCGUAAAAAAUAACAAUUUUCAUACUUGCGUUUAGAAAGAACUGUAGAACUAUGAAAAAACCAGCUAUAUGACUGAAACACAGUGUAAGUCCCGCCAUCUGCACCCCAUUCUAAAAUGCAAGCGACGUCUAAGUUAAAAAAAAGUAAUUUAAAAUCUCAUACCAGUUCAGCAACAUCACAUCGCUAAUCGUAUUGCUUUCGUAGUUCCUACUCCUGUAUACUUAAUACUAACGCCUCGUGUGAUCCUAACACUAGUUAACAUACUUCUAAAGCCUUAUGAUAUCUAAUGAAGUUAGUCUAGUAAGACUCGAGCAAGAAUAAAAACGUUGUGUGGUAGUUCUGUUGGGACUAUUGAAACAAACAAUAUAUGCCAAUACAAAAAUGUAUUUUUUGAAACGACCAUAAUGAAGGGCUUAUUUUUAAUGUGUGAAAACUCGCAUGCUAAUUUCAUCGUAUAUCGGUGUUUGGUCGGUCAGCUUAAUAUGAUGAAAUCGCUUGCGAAUUCACACGUCGUCUAAAUAAGAAAUAUCCUUAACAAAAAGAGAUAUUCCUUAUAAUCAGAGAAAUUUCCUGGUACUUUUCUUUGUUGGUACAAUGAUUGUUUCAAUGUUUGAAUGUGCUACCAACCAGGGUAUUUUAAAAUGUCUCCGCAUAAUUUUACAUCCUAAUAACUCUAGGUUAAUUAUAUUAAAUAUUUUAAAUAGAUUAAUAUAUUCCGUUCAAAAUCAAAUAUGUAAUGCAUUUUGUUUUAAGUAUAACCCGUAAGUAGUGGGGUAGUACUGAAUAAUGUUAAUCAAUCGCGGUUUGGUUUAAAUUUGAUUUUUUAGAUGUGAGCUACUUUUGUAAUAAGCUUUGUUUACAUGAGCUAAGUCACUUAGUUCGUCGUUUACUAAACUACUAAAGCCAAGUUCCAAACGCAACUGAUUCUAAGGUAGACUUGUCGCACUUGGUUUUCUCAUGUAGCUUACACCUCUCUGGGAGAACAUGAGCUCUAAGUACUUUUUAUAUCCAAUGAAAGCCGUGAUUUAGACAAUUUCAUUGUUUACAUGUCUAAAAUGAGAAUCAAAUUCAUAACAAAAUCAUCUAGUUAAGCUUAAUGCGGAAACUAAAUUGUCUAGAAAGUUUGUUAUUAAACUUAUUAAUGUUUAGACUAUUUUUAUUAAAUUUUGUUCGAUAGUCUGGGCUCGGGGUUUAAAACUAAGAAAACAUUUUGUUUAACAUUCACUGCAAUCCUUCAGUUCUUGCAGCAAGGCCAAACAGAAACACCCCAAAAUGUUUAUUAUUGUUAUAUGAUAAAAACAUACGUUCAAAAAUGUAGUUAAUAGAAAUAUACACAUAUUCAGCAGUAAACAUGAAAUGUUUGAAGAUAGCAACUUUCUAAUUUUAUACCUAAUUAAUUUUGUGUAGAAUUUACAAUACUACAAGCUAUCACACUUAAUUUACAAAGUUUUGUCGCCGAAUUACCUAAUUCGUAAUCAUGUUAAAAUAGACUAUUUUUGUAUAACGAAUAGAUUUUGUAGACCACCCACGACAAAAAAAUAGCCUAAAGUUAAGGCUCGAUUACAAGAAUAAAGGAAGGACAAUAUUGAGACUCUUCCUCAUGCUUACUUACGCCUGUAUUGAGAAUAAAAACGUCCCCAAUAGCCACAUCCACACAGAACGUCCGUGUUCGUGCCCGAGCCAAUUUGCUCAGCAAGAUGGCGGCUUUCAGUCAGCUGUUCAAAAUAAUUCGUAAUAGGCUGCUCGUUCAGUGUGGACCCGGCUACUAACUAGCUUCGAUAUUCGCGCUACGCCCUCUGACACGACCGGGGCCCAUUGCAUAAUAAAAUGCAACUUAUUAGCAUUAGUGAUUUUACAUAUUUACAAACUCACUGAUAGUAUUUCAUGCUUGUAUUUUAUUAUACAAUAGGCCCCAGGCUUCGUAAUCGAGCCUUUAUUUUGAUCUGUAGAAUAAUGUUUGAACAAUGGUUAUUUUACAAAGUUUUUCUUUUAACAUAGCUGUACAUUAUUUUAUAAUUUUAUGAAUGAAUUGUUUUUGUCAUGGGCAGUUUUUACGAGGCUGGUUUUGUUUGUUAAUUUAAUAUGAUUUGAAACAUUGCCGAUUGGAUAUUACAUUUAGCAACAGUAUUUUUAUGGUUAAUUUCCUACUUAGCGGUGUUAUGAGACUUAUUUAUUUUGGAAUAAGGGCACCGUGCACUGCCCAAAUAAUAAUCAGUAGUGAUUGAGUGAAAUAUAAAAAUAAUGGACUUUGAA